AUGAAAAGUGGUAUGACCACCGGCCCGAAAUUUCGGGCAUUUUGUUUGUAUAUAAGAAAAAGUAGUUUAGCCCAAAAGUCAUCAGUUGUGGUCUAAUCUUAAUCCAAACAACAUGUUCUCCAAAUUGCUCGUUGUCGCUUCAUUCGUCGCUUUUGCGGCUAGUUUGCAAGCCCCCAACUCGGCUUUCUUGCCACCAUUCAGCCAAAUCCCAGUUGCCCGUCGUCAAAUCCAAUUCCUUCCACAACCAACCCUCCGUCCUUAUGCCCCAGUCCCAACCCCAAUUGCCUAUCGUCAAACUGGUGAAGCUUCCGCCCGCAUCUUGAAACAAGACUCCGACAUCAGCCCAGACGGUUCAUACCAAUAUGCUUAUGAAACUGAAAACGGAAUCUCUGCCCAAGAAUCUGGAGUACCAAAAUCCCUUGGAGGAAACCCACCAGAAAUCGCUGAACAAGUUCAAGGAGCUUUCUCAUACACCUCCCCUGAAGGUGAACAUGUUGUUUUGCAAUACGCCGCCAACGAAAAUGGUUUCCAACCAUCCGGUAGCCACAUCCCAACCCCACCACCAAUCCCAGAAGCCAUCGCCCGUUCCCUUCAAUUCCUUCAAGCUAAUGGCCGUCUCUAAACAGAGAUUUGUCUAGUCACCUGAGAUUAAUUAGUUAGGAGCUAUUAUUAAGAGAACAACUUAAAAAAAUGCAAAAAUAAAAAUGUCUUAGAACAAA